AUGACGUCCUCAGUCUUCUUCAAGUUCAAGUCACAAAAGGAGCCGACCAGAGUCGAGUUCGAUGGUACUGGCAUCUCUGUCUUCGAGCUCAAGCGCGACAUCAUCAUCAAGAGCGGCUUGGGCGACGGAACUGACUUUGACCUUGCCAUUUACACCGAAGAUGGAAGUGAAGAAUACGACGAUGAUACUACCAUUAUACCUCGAUCUACGACGGUCAUCGCACGCCGGUUACCGCCCAUGAAGGCAGGCGCUGGUCGAGCCGCGCGAUAUGUGUCUGGCAAGAUGCCGGUCAAUGCGAAGAACUCCUCUCGCAGAGAACAACAAAUCAAGGCAGCAGCAAAAUCCGCGUCGAAUGCAAUUGCCCAAAUGAACAGCGCCAUGACGGAAGAGGAAAAGAUGAAUGCUAUGUUUGCAGCACAAACAGAGCAGUGGAGUGCGCAACAAGAAGAGAUGUCUCACCAAACACCAGUCUUCAAGCCAGGCGCCAAAAAGCCCGUGAAUGUUCCUGACCAUGAGCCCCCUCAAGGCUAUAUCUGCUAUCGUUGUGGGGAGAAAGGCCACUGGAUCCAACAGUGUCCUACCAAUGAUAACCCAGAGUUUGACAACAAACCACGUGUAAAGAGGACAACAGGUAUUCCUAAAUCGUUCCUGAAGACCGUGGAUAAAGCGACGGUAUUAGCCCAGAAUGGGGCCGAAGAUGAUUCUAAGACUCCGUCUGGGAUCAUGGUGAAUGCAGAUGGAGAUUUCGUGAUUGCGGAGCCUGACAGGGCUGCGUGGGAACAGUUCCAGGCCAAGACCAAGUCGUCUGCUGCUGCGCAGAAAGUUGCUGCGCAGGAUGAGAAGGAGCUGCAGGACAGAGGCUUGCUGUGCCCCAUCGACAAGAAAAUGUUUAUAGACCCAAUGAAGACACCUUGUUGUGCGAAGACGUAUUGCAAUGACUGCAUCACCAAUGCUCUCAUUGAGGGCGACCUCGUCUGCCCCGGAUGCCAGACGGAGGGCGUAUUAAUUGACGACCUCAAGUCAGAUGAGGAAGCAACUGUCAAGAUCGAGGCGUAUCUUAAGGAGAAGACUACAGUCAAAGCCAAAGAAGAGCCGAAGAGCCCCGCUGCGGCAAACAGCCCUACCGAAGUCAAGUCACCAGCUCCGGAAGAGGUGAAGACAACAACAGAGACUGAGUCUGAGCAGGUGCCAGACCACCCAACCAAAUCAAAGUCCCCAACACCACCAACAAGUGUCAAGUCACCCUCGGAGACACCACAAAAGUCUCCUCCACCCACAUCAAAGGAAUCUACACCUACUGUCAAUGGCGAGCAACAGAAUUCAAAGAAGCGACCAGCAGAGGAUGUUGCGGAGAAUCCGAAGAUCCCUAAGGCUCCCAAAGCUAUGCAAAAGGCUCAAGAAGCCCAGCAAACUUCCAUGAUGAACAUGAUGAAUGGCAUGCCCAACAUGCCAAACAUGCCGGGUAUGCCAAAUAUGCCAAACAUGAUGAUGCCUUUUGGCGGCAUGCCGAACAUGAUGAAUCCAAUGAUGAUGGGGAUGCCAAACAUGAAUAUGAACAACAUGAACAUGGGCAUGAUGAACCCCAUGAUGAUGGGCAUGCCCCCAUUCAACAACAUGAAUGGCUUCCAGGGGAUGAACGGCAAUGCAGGAUGGGGCAUGAAUGGCAUGAACGGUGGUGGAAUGAACGGCAACAUGAACGCUGGCAUAGCUAAUGGGUUCAAUCCGCAAAGGCCUCCCAACUUCGCUGGGCAGCCUGUGGGCGAGGACGAUGCCUACUUCCGAAAGCCAGUCAACCCACACCGUCAUCAGAACCGGCAGCGUAGAGUCCGACCCAGUGACUACAGGGAGCUUUGA